AUGGCGACUGCAACUCCCCAGGUUGGUGCUGCUAUCCCAGCUGCCACCCCCGCUCCCAAACAACUUUCCGGCAUCGAUCUCUACAGCAGAUUCGCCUUUGCUGGUGCAGUCUGCUGCUCCGUCACCCACGGCGCCCUCACUCCGGUUGACGUCGUCAAGACGAGAAUUCAGCUUGACCCUGCUACAUACAACAAUGGCAUGAUAGGCGGUUUCCGAAAAGUCAUCCAAAAUGAGGGUGCUGGUGCUCUCUUGACUGGUGUCGGCCCUACCUUCGCAGGCUACUUCCUGCAGGGCGCCUUCAAGUUCGGAGGAUACGAGUUCUUCAAGCAACAAUCCAUCAACCUGCUCGGCUAUGAGACUGCUUCAAAUAACCGAACCGCCGUCUACCUCGCCUCCUCUGCCGCCGCCGAAUUCUUUGCCGAUAUUGCUCUCUGCCCACUCGAGGCAACCCGCAUUCGAUUGGUCUCCGAGCCCACCUUCGCUUCUGGCCUGAUUGGUGGCUUUGGAAAGAUCUUGAGAAAUGAAGGUGUCAUGGCUUUCUAUAGUGGUUUCGGUCCCAUCCUGUUCAAGCAGGUUCCCUACACAAUGGCCAAAUUCGUCGUCUACGAGAAGGUCGCUGAGACUGUCUGGCGCACACUGGACAAGAACACCGCUUCCGAUGGCACCAAGACUGUCGUCAAUCUUGGCUCUGGUCUGAUCGCCGGUUUCGCUGCUGCCAUUGUCUCUCAGCCUGCCGACACUAUGCUUUCCAAGAUCAACAAGACCAAGGGUCUCCCAGGCGAGAGCACUACCAGCCGACUUUUCAAGAUUGGCAAGGAACUUGGUUUCAGAGGAAGCUAUGCUGGUAUUGGCGCUCGUCUGUUCAUGGUUGGUACCUUGACUGCUGGUCAAUUCGCUAUCUACGGUGAUAUCAAGAGGAUGAUUGGCGCUACCGGCGGUGUUGAAAUUGCCAAAUAG